UUCCACUUUCCAUUGCUAUUGAACAUUACAAUGCCUGAACAUUUGAUCAGUGCUGUCCAAGAACGCCCUGCAUUGUGGGACAAGAGGUGUAAGAAUUAUCAUAAUAGAUUAUUAGCACACCGUGAAUGGGAGGAAGUUGCCAAAAUAAUUAAUAACACAUCUGAUGGGGCAAAAAAAAAAAUGGAAAAAUUUAAGGGAUACUUAUGCGAAAGAAUUAAAAAAAAUUCCCAUGCCUCGUUCGGGAGCUGACGCUGACCAUGAACCGGAGUAUACAGGAAAUUGGCCAUAUUUUGAGUCCUUGUCAUUUUUAAAAGUUAUUUUAAAACCCCGAAAACAAGACGAAAAUAUUAUUGAACCAGAGGAAUCAGCAGAAAACUAUUUAAUGGAUUCAUCGGAGUCUACAACAUAUGCUAGUCAGGGAGACAUAUUUGACACGAACAUGACACAAAAUAAUUUUGAACCUCAGGGAUCUGAACUUGAACGGUCUGAGUCGGUCAUGAUAACAGAAAAUGAAACUAAAGCAAGACGUAAUUAUAGCAUCUCUUCUGCCUCAUCCUCAACAACAGCUACGACAAAACAAAAACGAAAACAUAAAGAUGAUGGACUAGAAGUAUUUAUUCAAUUAGAAAGAGAAAAGAUAGAAGUUUUGCGACAGGAUCAACAAGAUAACAAUGAUGAUGACUUACUUUGGUUCAAAUCGAUGUUACCAUACGUGAAACAGUUGCCUUCAUUAAAUAAGUUACGUUUUAGAACCCAGAUGCAGGAGUAA